AUGCUCUCCCCCGCCAGGGGCAGACUUGUCUCGUCGCGUGCGGCGCUCGCAGCGCGCUUCUUGUCCUCCGCGGCCGUUUCUCCUGCGGGCGCAAGCUCCGCGACGGCAGCCUCUGCAGCGAUGGCUGAGGCCGCCGUGGCGACGGAGAAGGAAGUCGGCCUGAAGGAGCCGCGGGUGCGGACGUUCUCUAUCUACCGAUACAACCCCGAGACAGACAAGCGGCCCUACCUGCAAAAAUACCAGCUCGACGUGUCGACCUGCGGCCCUAUGAUCCUCGACGCGCUCAUCGCCAUCAAGGAUCGACAGGACCCCACGCUGGUGUUCAGACGAAGCUGCCGCGAAGGCAUUUGCGGCUCCUGCGCGAUGAACGUCGAUGGCAAGAACUGCCUCGCGUGUCUCACACCCAUCGAGCGCUCCGACCGCGAAAACGAGGCGAUGCGACUCAUGCCAGGGCAAGACAUCAAGCACGAUCGCCACGAGGAGGAAAUCGUGAGCCGAGUCACCGACAAAAUCAAUCAGGCGGUGUUCAGAGAGAAGAAUCCGCCCGUUGAGAUCCUGCCCCUGCCCCAUAUGAUGGUGCUCCGCGACCUGGUGCCGGACAUGACGAAUUUCUACGCACAGUACCGCAGCGUGGAGCCCUGGCUCAAGAGAAAAACCGCCAAGAAGGACCCCAACGUCGAGUAUCUGCAGUCGAUUGAAGACCGCAAGAAGCUCGACGGCAUGUACGAGUGCAUUCUGUGCGCGUGCUGCUCCACGUCGUGCCCUUCGUACUGGUGGAACCCGCAGGCGUAUCUGGGCCCGGCGGUUCUCAUGCAGGCCUUCAGGUGGAUUGCGGACAGCCGUGACGAGUUCACCGCUGAGCGUCUCGCGGCUAUCAACGACACGAUGAAGCUGUACAGGUGUCACGGUAUCAUGAACUGCACAGUCUCAUGCCCCAAGGGCUUGAACCCCGCAGGAGCCAUUCAGAAGAUGAAGGACCAGGUGGAGGCGCAGUUCUCUCCGGAAUGGAAGGCCCUCCAGGCGCGGCAGGCGCUGGAGAAGUCGCAGAAACUCGCCAAGGACCUCGGACUCUGA